GCAAAACAAUCUUUCUUCAACCAACCUAGAAGAUGGAACUUCCCCCAACCUUCUUCUACCCAUUAUCAUCUUCUUUAUGGCAUCCUUCCUUCAACCGGCCUCUCUUCUUCCCCACUAAUCAUUCCCUCCCUCAGACCUUUGUUCAUUGGAGAGAGACCCCUGAAUCUCACAUUUAUUCUGCCGACCUUCCAGACAGGGGUGGAGAAGGAGAAAAUAAGGGUGGAAAUUGAAGAUUCCAUAUAUUUGAUCAUAAGAACUGAAGAAUCAGGAGAGUCUUCCUUCAUGAGAAAAUUCCGGUUGCCGGGAAUGAAUUGCGUCGACCAAAUAUCUGCGGGUUAUAUUGACGGAGUAUUAACAGUCGACGUUCCCAGGGAAAGUGUGAGGAGGGGAUGGUCCAUUGACCCUUCAGACCUCAUUUCUGAUAUGGCUAAUUUUGGUGCAAGUGCUGCUUGAUUUAUUUUGGGGUAUUUUGGUCAAAUAGUGACCCAAUUUGUACGGCAUAUUUUUUAUUGAGAAAUAAUAAAUUUUUUAUCAUCUUAACAUAU